UCGCCUGCAUCACGCAGAAAGUGCUCAACUGCUCGUCCAAAGAAACCGGCGGCUACCGCUCGUUUAUUUUUCACUAAAACACGUCGACACUCGCAGGAAAAAAGUCACCGAUCGCAUCCCUGAACAUGGCGGGAACAGUUACGAAACUUUGCAGGAAUCAGCUGAUCGGGAAACAUGCACCUGCUAUGCUGGGACAGGCCGGAUGUUUACAACAAAACCGCGAAUAUUCGAAUGCCAAAAGAAUCGAAGUGAAGAACCCAGUGGUGGAGAUGGACGGUGACGAAAUGACCAGAAUAAUCUGGGAAAAAAUUAAGGAGUCUCUGAUUUUCCCUUAUCUGAAAAUCGAGUGUCUUUACUAUGACUUGGGAUUACCCUAUAGGGAUCAAACCAACGAUCAAGUAACAAUAGACGCGGCGAACGCCAUUUUGAAACACAACGUCGGUAUUAAAUGUGCAACGAUUACACCCGAUGAAGCUAGAGUGAAAGAAUUUAACCUGAAAAAGAUGUGGCUAUCCCCGAACGGCACUAUAAGGAACAUCCUAGGAGGAACAGUGUUUAGGGAACCGAUUCUCUGCAAGAACAUUCCCAAAUUGGUCCCAGGUUGGACACAACCGAUUUGCAUCGGACGUCACGCUUUCGGUGAUCAGUACAAGGCGCAGGAUUUAGUGGUGGAUAAACCUGGAAAGCUUGAACUUGUAUACACACCAGACAAUGGCAAACCAAUAGCAAUCCCAGUUUACCAAUACAAAGGCCCCGGAGUGGCCUUGGCAAUGUACAACACCGACGAAAGUAUCCAAGGAUUCGCGAGGUCCUCCUUCCAGAUAGCCCUGGCUAAAAGUUGGCCCCUGUACCUCAGCACCAAAAACACCAUUUUGAAAAAGUACGACGGAAGAUUCAAGGAUAUUUUCCAAGAAAUUUAUGAGAAAGAAUACAAAUCGCAAUUCGAGGCGAAGAAGAUCUGGUACGAGCACAGACUGAUCGACGACCAAGUGGCGCAGGCUCUAAAGUCGUCCGGUGGUUUCGUGUGGGCCUGUAAGAACUACGACGGUGACGUCCAGUCGGAUAUCGUCGCUCAAGGUUACGGUUCUCUUGGCAUGAUGACUUCGGUGCUUAUGUGUCCCGAUGGUAAAACUAUUGAGUCUGAGGCGGCUCAUGGAACCGUUACCAGACAUUAUAGGCAACAUCAACAAGGAAAACCGACCUCGACCAACCCGAUAGCGUCGAUCUUCGCAUGGACCAGAGGUAUCGAGCACAGAGGAAAACUAGACGAUACACCGGACGUUAUUAAGUUCGCGCAAAAAUUGGAAACUGCCUGCGUGAAGACUGUGGAGUCUGGAAAAUACACCAAAGAUCUUGCUGCCUCGAUCGCGGGCGGUUUUGAUAAAGUGACCGACGACAUGUACCUCAACACUCAAGAUUUUCUGGACGCCAUUGCCGAGGAAAUGAAGAGGAGCGCGUGAAGUUUAUUUCGGUUUUUUUUUCUUGUGGAACGUACGUUACAAGUCGUUAAGUGAAGUCAAUGGCAUUUAAUGCAAUUUUUCUUGUCAAGAAAUUUAGCAGUGCAUUUUUUACUUCUAUUAAAAAUAUAUAUAUUUUUAUAAGUA